GAUCCAACCAAUUAGCGCCGCCUGAACACACGCUGGAGCUCUCCAAGCUAAUCUGGGACGAUCGCAAUCGCGAAGCUGUCGCAACGUAUCUUGAAGAAUUUCAUUCCCUUUUGUCACAUUAAAGAGAGUAUUCGCCAUGUUGAUUUCACUCACCGUGGGUAAAGUCGAUGCCGGAGUGGCAGUCUUAUUAACUCAAGAUAAACGACUCAUUGAAUUCCCAUCUAUUCUCCUUCCACCCAAUAUCACCUCCGGUAGCAUCGUCGAUAUCACCGUUGCACGAAACCUCGUCUCGGAAGAAAAAUCCCAAAAGUCAUUCGUCGCUCUCCAAGAUUCUAUCUUCAAUUCAUUUGGUGCAUCAGAACCGUCUGCACCAGUCCUUCGCUGUCGCAAUGCAACUCAGACUUCUGUCGUUUUAGAAUGGGAUCACAUUGAGUUAGCAACCGCAGAUGUUAUCUCACUCUCCCUCUUCCGCAAUGGACAAAAGGCUGGAAACAUACCAAGGCCGAGUCAAAUGCUGAGCACAAAGAUCAGCGGUUUAGCUGUUGAUACGGAAUACACGUUCCACCUGGUAUUAAGAACAAGUGCUGGAACUUUUAGUAGUGAGAAGGUGGUCGUAAAGACACACAAAAUGACGGAUCUAAGUGGUAUUACUGUUACGCCUGGUAUUCUGCCCGCUUCAUUGAGGGAUAGUCUUGUCAAAGCAGUUGAGAGGAUUGGGGCGAAGAUGGCAGAUAGUGUGAGAAUCGACACAACACACUUUGUCACAACAGAAGGAAGAGGUAUAGCUUGGGAAAAGGCCGUCGAGAUGAAUAUUCCAGUUGUAAGGCCGGAAUGGGUUGAGGGCUGUGAGAGAGGUGGAAGAAUCGUAGGCGUUAGGCAAUAUUAUCUUGAUGCGGAUCCAAAACAGAGACAAAUAGUUUCAAACGCACCUCCAGCUCAGCCAGCACAGGCUGAGCCACCCAGAGAACAAGUUACAACUCCAACUACUUCACCACCACCCACGAACACAAAUGGUACGAAUGGUCAAACUGUUCCUCCUACUCCACCCGCAAAAGAUACACCUAAACCAGAGAAGGAGGAGAGGGAGAAGGAACAAGAAGAUGGAGAUGCUAGUAGCGACUCGGGAGAAGGACAAGAAAAGCGAGAGACAGAAAAGACAGCAGUAUCCGAAGAGCAAAAGUCCCGAGCUUCAGAUGUAGAACAACAGAAACUUGCACUCCGACCUGCAGCACCAUUUGGAGUAUCGGCAGAUGACUUGACCAAACCGGGGGAGGAAAACGCAUCCGGGAAUCAGACACCAGGAAAUGCUAGCUUUCAAGAUGUCGCUUUGUGAUCGACGAUCGAGGGAUAUUUCAUCUUUGUUACUAUUAUAUUAUAAUCAAUGUUUUGGAAUGGCUAGCAACAACAAUUGUUGGCAGGCAUGGUGUUGGGAUGGGAAGAGAGAUUUAUUGCAUUGCUUCAGCGUUUCUUAAAAAUGUUUUCUACAAUAGCUUGAAGAUAUGAAUAUGUAAUGAGCUCUCGCCAUCCUUGUGAGUAUAGAUUCGCAGUGUUCAUUUGAUCUCGCUAGAACAUCAAGAUCCCCCUUUUUUGACAUCGUGAACUCAUCCAAUGACUAAUUCCUAUUCAAACUUUCA